AUGAACCACCGCAUCACCACAACAGCCCUCCGACUGAGACCAUCCCCAUUCUUCCUGACAAGACCUAGACUCCUCGGCACAACAACCCCCAAAAUGUCCAACAACCUCCCCACCCCCUCCUCCUGCUACGCAGACUUCUGCCUCAUCCCCAUCGGCACCCCCACGCCCUCGGUCGCAAAAGAAGUCGCCUCGGUCCAGUCCCUGAUCAGGGACUCGGGCAUAAAACACACAAUGCACUCCGCCGGCACCACCCUCGAGGGCUCCUGGGACGACGUCUUUAGAGUCAUCGGCCAGGCCCACUCCCUUGUCCACCAGAGCGGCAUCGUGCGCGUCCAGACUAGUUUGAGGGUUGGGACGAGAACGGAUAAGAAGCAGACUGCAGAGGAAAAGGUCAAACGAGUGGAGGAUAUUCUCGCUGCUGGGAAGGAGUAA